GUGCCGGAUCACACUAUGCGUUUUGUCGGCUGCCGAUAAUACGCAACCGAUCGGUAGACGACCGCAACAUCUAUAAUAAACAUACAAACCGCGCUAUCGGGCCAGACUAACCGAUUCGGCGAACCGAUUUAAUACCGUCGGGAACCAGCCGCAACAUGUUGCGGUUGACUUUACCGAUGCGUUUCCGAAAUUACCCCACAACACAUUAUUUUGUAUAGAGCCGACCACACCUACGGAGUAUCGGUUGCGGUUGAUAGAGCUUUUUAUUUAAACUUAUUUAAAUUAUAAAAUAUUUAGUUUUUUUUAUAUAAAUUAUAAAUAUGUAUUCGACGGAGAAAUUAAUUUCGGAAGUCCAGAACUAUCCUUGUCUAUGGGACAUGAGUUCCAAAGAAUAUAGUGAUAAGGACUUGAAAAGUGCAUGUUGGAUGAAGGUAGCGGAGGCUGUUUAUUCUACAAAUUGGAAUAAUUUUUUAACCGAACAAAAAGAAGAAAAAGUUAAUGAAUUAAAGAAUAAAAAAUGGAGACAUAUUCGUGAUGCUUACAAUAAAUAUUUGUCUGAAGAAAAAAAUGUAAGAAGUGGAUCAGAGGGAAUGAAAAGAAAACCAUAUGCUUACGCUGAAACUUUGUCUUUUUUAAAUGUCACAGUUAAAAAAAGAAAAACAACUGGUAAUUUUGAAGCAGUAGAAGAUGAUGCAAGACAUAGUGCGGACGAUACAGUCGAUAUGGAUGAUAAUGAUAUUUCUGAAGUAUCUGAGGUACAGCGUAAUGAUUCACAUUAUUUCCAAACUUUUAAACAUAAAAAAACCAAAGUAACACCAUUUCAAAGUAGUUUGAUCGAACAUUUAAAAAAAAAUAAUGAAAAAGAUUCGGAUCCAGAUAGAAAUUUAGUAUUGUCAUUUCUUCCAUUUUUGAAAAAACUAAAUAAUGAUCAAAAAUUAGAUUUUCAAAUUCAUGCUCUCAAAUAUUUGAAAGAAUUAACUCAACCAAAAACUACACCCAGUCAUCCAAUUGGCGGUCCAUACCCUACACCUACAUAUUACCCUGUGACUCAAAACAUACCUUCUAGUAUGCAAUAUCCAUACUCAUAUCAGUCAUAUCCAUACGCAUCUCAAUCGCAAUCAUCGUUGGCACAUAAUGAAAUGCCUAUAAAUCAUCAUAACUCCCAAUACUCUAAUACAGAACACGCUAGUAUUCAAGGCCAACAAUAUACACCAAGCUCGCAACUUUCACCACCUGACAAUAAUUCAUAAGCAUAAUAUAUUAUAUUUAGAAUAAACAUUGAUAUACAUUUUUAGAAUAUUAUAUUCCACUUUGUAUUCAAUAACUUUUAAUAACUAUUUUUUCACUAGAAUUAUAUUUCAUUUAUCAACCAAGUAGGUACUAUGUAUUUUAUUUUCAUUAUUAGUUUAUAUUAUAUAAUUUACGUAAAAAUUUAAAGAAGAAGAAGAACUCAUGAGGUAAUGGUUCUGUUUUAAUAUUAUAUUCAUAUUUUAAAUAUAAAAUUAUUAUAAUUUUGUACAAUCCAAUGUUAUUAAUUAUUAUAAAAUUGAACUAGUAUUUAAGUAUUAAAUAUUAUUUAACUAGGUGUAUAAAGGUACUUUUAAUCGACCUGUAAUGAUGCAUGAUUUAUAUUUUAAAAAAAGUAAUAAAACAUUUCAUGAAUGAAAAAAGUCAAUAUUUUUAUGUCCUUUAUUUUGUUUAUAAUAAUUAUAUUAUUGUCCUUUUAUUAAACUCUCUUGUAAAACAUACCUUAAUGUCACCGUCAAUCUUUCUUCAGCACUUAUUGGAUAUCGUAGAUGGGUGAUCUCUUUUGUAAUUUUUGGCCUCACUUUUUCUAGUAGUUCUUCAAAUG